AUGGAAUGGUUUCCUAGUUUUGAUGCUGACAAACAAAGAUCUUCACGUUCCACAGCUUGGGUCAAGUUUCCUGGGCUUCCAAUGGAAUUCUGGAUUGAAAAAACGUUACUUGCAAUGGGGAAAACUCUAGGAUUUCCUAUUGUGGUUGAUAAAAGAACGUUGGCACAUGAGUAUGGUCACUUUGCUUCGGUCCUCAUUGAUAUUGAUUUUGCUGAGCUCAAAUAUGAUGAUAUUAAUGUCACUGUGGGAGAACGUGAGUUUUGUCAACCUUUUGAGAUCCUUAAAAGACCUAAAUUCUGUUCUAAGUGCAGCAUUAUUGGGCAUUCAGAUGGGGAAUGUAGAAAGAAAACAAGAGGUGAAGAUGUCAAAGCUCCGCAAGUGGAUGCUGAUUCACAACAGGCUAUUGUGUUAGUUAACAAGCAACAGCAUCAUGAGAACAAUGCUGGUACUUCAAAUAAUGUGGCUGAUAAUGUUUUUUGCAUCAGUGACACUGUUGAGUUGGAACAACAGUUGCAGGAUAGUUUAGCUCAAUCUGAAGCUGUUUUGCGUAUGGCAUCUGCUGAGGUUGAAAAACACAAGCAAGCCAUUCUUACGCAUUCAGUAUUAGAUAGCAGGGGGAAUGUUGAAUUGGCAAGAACUAAACUUCCUCCUCCUGCUAGGAUUGAUAUUACAUCCUCGUCCACACCUUUGUGUAAUGCGCUUGAAGAAACUUCAGAAUUUGUCUCUAACAACAAGUUUAACAUCCUAAGUGACAAGGCUGGAAAUGAUGUUUUGGUUUUCAGUAAACUUGGUGAGCUUACAAAACAAGCUAAGAGGCAGCAGGUUAUAGAUAUGCAAAACAAAUUGAAUGCGUUAACUGAUCAGGAUCAGGAUUCCUUGUCAGACUCGGAUGAGACAUUGGGUAUUCGUACUCGUAAGGAAUCAGUUCCUAAAUCCUCCUCAAACUCGGUUAAGCAACUGAAGCUAAAUAAUAAACUCCAACCCAGAGUUUAA